UAAGUAAUAAGGACAAGUUUUUCCCCACAUAGUAUUUCUUUUAAUUCUCUGGGAAUUUAUGCACUAUCCCUUAAACUGGGGUUGGUCUUGUUAGUUGGAAGAAUCCAGAUGUGAGUCAAACGCUCAACAUAAUUGCAAGAAGGGAGGAAUCUGCCAUCUCACACAUAAGGAAGGGACCCAAAGGAACUUACAAUACAAGAAGUUUCAUUACAAGAACUACAGAGCGAAGUGCCUCCUUGCGGAACACAUUUUCCUGUGUCAACAGCUGUCAAGAAGAAACAUCCUCUGUGGGACGAUGAGGGACAAAAAGAUCAGCCUUCCAGCAAAACUGAUCAAUGGUACGAAUAAACUGGGCUUGAGGGGAGUGGAACGCAUGUCUGGUGAUUUUGUGAGCAGAUGCCAGAACUGGCAAGGUGGAGUCUACACUGGAAUGCGGGAUUGUUUGGUGAAAACCAUUCGCUUGGAGGGGUUCUUCGGCAUGUAUCGAGGAGCUGCUGUAAACCUGACUCUGGUCACUCCUGAAAAAGCAAUCAAGCUGGCAGCCAAUGAUUUCUUCCGACAGUUGCUCUCCCAGGAUGGAAAACAGUUGACAUUGGUGAGGGAGAUGCUUGCCGGCUGCGGAGCUGGGACUUGUCAGGUGGUGGUCACAUCCCCAAUGGAAAUGUUGAAGAUCCAGCUCCAGGAUGCUGGACGGCUGGCCGCACAUCAGCAGAAGGCGUUGAGACAGGAUGGUCCAGCUGCUCCCACCACCCACCCACCGCCAGGACAGCCUCAUGCUUCCGGGUCUACGGCAGCCUCCAAACGGCCCUCUGCCAUUGUGAUUGCCAGAGAACUCCUGCAAACCCAGGGACUAGCAGGCCUGUAUAAAGGGCUGGGGGCCACCCUCCUCAGGGAUGUCCCUUUCUCCGUUAUAUAUUUCCCACUCUUUGCAAACAUCAACAAACUGGGGCAGAAGCGUCACGAAGAAAAAGCUUCUUUCUUGCACUCCUUCAUGUCUGGCUGCGUGGCAGGAUCUGUGGCUGCGGUGGCAGUGACCCCGCUGGAUGUUUUAAAAACCCGAAUUCAAACGCUCAAGAAAGGCCUGGGUGAGGACACCUAUAAUGGGAUCAUUGACUGUGCCAGGAAGGUCUGGAUUCACGAGGGCCCAGCUGCCUUCAUGAAAGGGGCUGGAUGCCGUGCGCUGGUGAUCGCGCCUCUGUUUGGCAUAGCUCAAGGGGUCUAUUUCAUUGGCAUUGGAGAAUACAUUUUGGGGGCCUUCCAGUAGCACCCACUUCAACCGAGCCGACCACGGUUCAGGAUUGCAUCGGUUCUCCAAACAGACUGUUGGAAAGACAGCAAGACUGUCCUGCAAACAUAUAUAGACAGACUGCAAGCAAGAUGUGCGGCUUCUCUGCCCCAGGAAGAGAAUGCUCAGUGCUCCAUCAUGACGUGGAUAUUUGGCAAAAGUUAACCCCUUAUUGUCCUUAGGGCUGCAAUCUGAUGUUAAUGCAAUUGAGUGAACCAUUGCACUUAUUGUACCUGCAGAAAUGGGAACAGGAAGGAGCAGAAGCAGCUCUCUUCUAAUUGGACAGACGGCUAUUCUUAAAACCAAAUUAUCUAGUGUUUGAUCCUGAAAACAAGAUAUAGGACAGCAGCAGAGGUAGCCAAAGCCACAAGCCACUCUUAAUGGAGGCGGGGAGAUUCAGAGAACUCCUGCCCAUUUAACCACGUGCUUUCUUUUUCUUGCCCAGUUUCUCUGAAAAUGGGGGAGGAUGAGAGAAGACUGUAGUGAUCACAUGGAAACCAUCCAGGGUUAAAUAGCAAUUAUGUGCUGGUUUGGUUCAUACUACCACUGAAAGUCAGGUCAGACAAGACUGAACAAGGUUAGCUUCUCGAAGUGGCCUUUUCCUUUGUAUCAGAGCUUGUUUAGUGGCUGGAAAGCACUAAUUGCAAUCGGAAGCAGACACAAGUAUUAACAGAGAGGCUUAUAAAUUGUAGAACGACACAGGCUUCUUUUACAGGAGUUGUCAUUGACCAAGUCAGACUGUUUGUUCAUCCAAGCCUCUGUUUCGACUGGCAAUAGCUCACGUCUGCAGCAAAAUCUUUAAGUGCUCCUAUGCAUGGUGCUUGAACCUGGAACCUUCUACUGAGUUAUGACUAUUUAUACAUUACCUGCGUUAACAGAACACAUAUUUUAUGUGGUGCUUUUCUCUGGUGCCUGCAGGUCGAGUUGUACAACUAGACCUUCUACAUUUCUGCUAUGGCACGUUCUCUGUACAACAUUUUCAUGGGAAGCACGGCCUUAUUCCACAGAGCCAGCUCGCUAUUUAUUUUUGAAGAGGCUUUGCCCACUUUCUUUUCACUGUCUGUCAAUAACACAAUAAGCACAGCCUUUUGUCUCGCUGCAUAUGUUUCUACUGUGGCACACGGCUUCAGUGGGUAGGGAACAGUUAUGGGCCGUCAACAAGCAUAAGUUGGGGUCAUAGCAAUAUACACCAAGAAGAGUUUAUUUUUUAACAGUCUGAGUUGACAUGCUAAAAAUGUUUGUUCUAAAGAAGAACCACUGGCCAAGAGGAAGUGACUAACAGUGCAACACCGAAGGGGGGUGGGGGGCAGAAAGGGCUCUGCAACUGGCAUGACCUCCACAUUGGUGUCAAUGCCCCCUUACACUGAUGUAAGAGAAAUCUACACUGCCACAGGGCCAGUUGUGCCAAUGCGAUGCCUGGGUGCUGCCCAAGCCUUUGCGCUGGCGCUCCUCUAAUGCAGGAGCCCAUGCCAGCAUUGAUGGGGUGUUUAGGGGGUGCAACCAUCUUUAGUUGGCUUUCAGCCCCCUUUGGAUGGCAUGCAUUACAGCAUCAAAAAGGUAGGCGCAGUCCACUGACCUGCAUAUGGGUUUGCACGGCAGCCGGGGAUUUUUUUUUGUGUGCAAUUUUUGUGCUUGCCGUAGCACCUGAAACUUUUUUGGAGAUGGACUGGGUGCAGCAGAGAUUUGCUGUCCCCUGCUGCCGUGCAACUACCAACCCCUUUGGAUUGGGCUGCUGUUCUUUGCACAAGCAAACAGAAGAGCUGCAUCCACCAGUGACCUCCCAACAGAAGAGGAAACAAAUCCUGCAACUCUAUUAUAGUAUUACAAAUGGGGAAUUCUUUCAUCAUCAUCUUUAACUCUCAGGAUACAACAGGAAGAGUCAACGUGGCUUAAAACAAUGAAAUUUUGGAACACUGGCUGAAGCUAGGUAAUCUUUUGUUGGGGGGAUUUUACCCACAGUCCUUUUGCUUUAAUAGGUGAGGCUGGGAUAGAACUAUAAGGUAGAUAAUUACUAUUUCUGCUAAUUUUCAAUAAAAUUAUAACAA